UAAUGCUGCUGCGGCCAAGGCACUGUGAACCUGUUUCCAAAGAAUGGAUCAUCUUUAGCAGACCAAGGCGCUGGCUUGAAUACUACGAAUUGACGAGCCUGAUUCCCACAGUCUCAGAGUGCCUGGUGAAGUCUAUUCCCUGGGAAAAACAAGCAUAAACAAACUGACCGAGGAAUGUCGCUCGACCUAACAUGCCUUGACAAGC